CGGAGCAGCCCGAGCAUCAGCGAGAGUAGCUGCGAGAAGCCGCGGCGGUGGCGGCGGCGCGUCGGUGCAGUUGCGCCAUCUGUCAGGAGCGCAGCCGGCGGGGAGGGGGCUCCGCGGAGAGGAGGAGGGGUCGCCGUGCGCCGGGCCUCCGAGACCCGCCCGCUGGUCAAGAGCUCAGCGAGGCCGCCUCUAGCCGGAGCGUUUCGAGGACUCCCCGGGCACACACAAAGCCGCCACCCGCGCCAGGGAGGGACCGGGCUGCCGGGCCGGGGACACCGGCGCCGCCCCCUCGGCGCUUCGCGAGGCCCAGGAGCUCCUGGGCCCCGCCGCGGAGCCGCGGGAGCCGCCUGGGCCGCGCCGGAGGAGGGCGGGGAGAGGACCAUGUGAAUGUGCUCCGGAGCUGAGCGCCAAGCCACGCAGUGUUUGAAAGGAACAGGAUGCUGAUCUAAUCGUGGCAAAAAGUCAGUCCGACCGCUGUUUUCGAAGACAUGUGGUGUAUAUAAAGUUUGUGAUAGUUGGUGGAAAUUUGGGAGCUUGGAUAAUGGGCUGUGUGCAAUGUAAGGAUAAAGAAGCAGCGAAACUGACAGAGGAGAGGGACGGCAGCCUGAACCAGAGCUCUGGGUACCGCUAUGGCACAGACCCCACCCCUCAGCACUACCCCAGCUUCGGCGUGACCUCCAUCCCGAACUACAACAACUUCCACGCAGCCGGGGGCCAGGGACUCACCGUCUUUGGGGGUGUGAACUCCUCCUCUCACACUGGGACCCUACGCACACGAGGAGGGACAGGAGUGACACUGUUUGUGGCACUUUAUGACUAUGAAGCACGGACGGAAGAUGACCUGAGUUUUCACAAAGGAGAAAAAUUUCAAAUAUUGAACAGCUCGGAAGGAGACUGGUGGGAAGCCCGCUCCUUGACAACUGGGGAAACUGGCUACAUUCCCAGCAAUUACGUGGCUCCAGUUGACUCCAUCCAGGCAGAAGAGUGGUACUUUGGAAAACUUGGCCGCAAAGAUGCUGAGAGACAGCUCCUGUCCUUUGGAAACCCAAGAGGUACCUUUCUUAUCCGCGAGAGCGAAACCACCAAAGGUGCCUACUCACUUUCCAUCCGUGAUUGGGAUGAUAUGAAAGGGGACCACGUCAAACAUUAUAAAAUCCGCAAGCUUGACAAUGGUGGAUACUAUAUCACAACGCGAGCCCAGUUUGAAACACUUCAGCAACUGGUACAGCAUUACUCAGAGAGAGCCGCAGGUCUCUGCUGCCGCCUAGUAGUUCCCUGUCACAAAGGGAUGCCAAGGCUUACCGAUCUGUCUGUCAAAACCAAAGAUGUCUGGGAAAUCCCUCGAGAAUCCCUGCAGUUGAUCAAGAGACUGGGAAAUGGGCAGUUUGGGGAAGUAUGGAUGGGUACCUGGAAUGGAAACACAAAAGUAGCCAUAAAGACCCUUAAGCCGGGCACCAUGUCUCCGGAGUCCUUCCUGGAGGAGGCGCAGAUCAUGAAGAAGCUGAAGCAUGACAAGCUGGUGCAGCUCUACGCGGUAGUGUCUGAGGAGCCCAUCUACAUCGUCACGGAGUACAUGAGCAAAGGAAGUUUGCUUGACUUCUUAAAAGAUGGUGAAGGAAGAGCUCUGAAGUUGCCAAACCUUGUGGACAUGGCGGCACAGGUUGCUGCAGGAAUGGCUUACAUCGAGCGCAUGAAUUACAUCCACAGAGAUCUGCGAUCAGCAAACAUUCUAGUGGGGAACGGACUAAUUUGCAAGAUUGCUGACUUUGGAUUGGCUCGGUUGAUUGAAGACAAUGAAUACACAGCAAGACAAGGUGCAAAGUUCCCCAUUAAGUGGACGGCCCCCGAAGCGGCCCUGUAUGGAAGGUUCACAAUCAAGUCUGACGUGUGGUCUUUCGGAAUCUUACUCACAGAGCUGGUCACCAAAGGAAGAGUGCCGUACCCAGGCAUGAACAACCGGGAGGUGCUGGAGCAGGUGGAGAGAGGCUAUAGGAUGCCCUGCCCACAGGACUGCCCGAUCUCCCUGCACGAGCUCAUGAUCCACUGCUGGAAAAAGGAUCCGGAAGAGCGCCCCACCUUCGAGUACUUGCAGGGCUUCCUGGAGGACUACUUUACGGCCACAGAGCCCCAGUAUCAGCCCGGUGAAAACCUGUGAGAGCCUGCGCUUCAGACGCCUCGUCCCGGAGGCCUCCCUACCCCUCCCCAUUAGCUUCCAAUUCUGUAGCCAGCUGCCCCAGAGCAGCGAGAACCGUCCAGGAUCAGAUUGCAUGUGACUCUGAAGCUGAACUUCCACGGCCCUCAUUAAUGACACUUGUCCCCCAGUCCGAACCUCCUCUGUGAACCAUCUGAGACAGAAGCGUGUUAUUUCUCAGACUUGGAAAUGCAUUGUAUCGAUGUUAUGUCAAAGGCCAAACCUCUGUUCAGUGUAAAUAGCUGCUCCUGUGCCAACAAUCCCAGUGCUUUCCUUUUUUAAAAAAGAAAAAGCAAAUCCUAUGUGAUUUUAACUCUGUCUUCACCUGAUUCAACUAAAAAAAAAAAAGUAUUAUUUUCCAAAAGUGGCCUCUUUGUCUAAAACAAUAAAAUUUUUUUUCAUGUUUUAACAAAAAAUGAUCAGGACAGGUGUUUGGGUUUUUUUUCCCCUUUUUAUACAUAUGAUAUAUAUGUUAACAUAUGUUCCUGUACAUACACCAUGUGGGUGCUACCAUGGAGACUGGCCAGCGUAGGCCACAUAGCUACAGGACCGGAGUGAGGAUUACUGCAGAACCCUGCCAGCGAAGCCCUGGUGUCAGCCUGCAAGCCGGUGGCCUCAGUUUUUGACUUCUACGAAAGCAUGACGUCCUCUCCAUUUGGACUGCACUUUUUUGGUUCCUAAUCAUACCUGUAGAUUGUUCAUGUGACUUUUUUCAGGUCCGGGGCGGCCUAGUCACGAGUUUUAGUGCCAGCGAACUGUGAUUCGUUCUUGAAACUUAGGAGUGAGCAUGUUUAAGCAAAAAGCAGCCAGCCAGUUCUACCACAAGAGCUGCAAGAUGGAGACCACACAAACUUCCUGUAUAAAUAUGAAUGCUGAAGGGUUCACGUGUUUUCCUUUUAUUUAAUAAAUCUUGUAACCACAUUUAAAUGGUCUAAACCCAUAGCACUGUAGUCAUGGCAACCUACUAAACUUUCUCAUGCAACUAAAAAUUAUGGGAGGGCAAGGGUGGGGGGUUGUACACGUCCCAUUGUAAAAUAAGUGUUUUACUGUCCUGUACUGCUAAUGAAUGGCUCUCCGCGUCAGGAGUACUCCAGUGAAUAACUAUGCACUACUUUACAUUUCAUGGGGGUGCACAAAAGAAAAAAAAAAGUAUUACAUUUUCAGUUGCUGUUUGUACCAACCUCGAAUUACGUAUGUUUAACAACAAAUCAAUUCCUAUUUCUAUUGAGUUUUUUAAUACUGACUAGCAAUUCUGAAGUCUUAAUUCCUUUUUUUUGUUAAUGAUUUAUUUGUGAGUUUACAUUUUUAAAUUGUUUAACUUUCCUAAUUUAGUAAUUAAAAAGAGAGCAUUUUACAUUUGAAAAAA